GACACAACAGUGCGGCGGUCUGCACGAGGAGUUCUGCUUGUGGCACAUUCUUUACGUUUUUAAAACAAUAAUAGAAAAAUGGCAGCUGAAGUUGUAGACGAUCAUGAAAUGAGGGAGGCUCAGCGGGAUUAUUUGGAUUUUCUUGACGAUGAUCAAGAUCAGGGUAUUUACCAGAGUAAAGUACGAGAUAUGAUCGGGGAGAACAGAUCCAGACUCAUUGUGAACAUCAACGACUUGCGCCGCCGCAACGACAAGCGAGCAGCUAAGCUUCUAAGCAAUGCAUUUGAGGAGCUUCUGGCAUUCCAGCGUGCCCUGAAAGAUCUGGUGGCUUCAAUAGAUGCCACAUACGCCAAACAGCACGAGGAGUUUUUCAUCGGCCUGGAGGGAAGCUUCGGCAGUAAGCACGUCUCCCCUCGUACCCUGACCUCUCGCCUGCUGGGUAGCAUGGUGUGUUUGGAGGGCAUUGUCACCAAAUGUUCUUUGGUGCGUCCUAAGGUAGUCCGCAGUGUGCACUACUGCCCAGCUACUAAGAAGACUUUGGAACGCAAGUACACAGAUUUGACUUCUCUGGAUGCUUUUCCUUCAAGUGCCAUCUAUCCCACCAAGGAUGAAGAGAAUAAUCCACUGGAGACCGAAUUUGGUCUGUCCGUUUAUAAGGAUCACCAGACCAUCACAGUGCAGGAGAUGCCUGAAAAAGCCCCUGCGGGUCAACUGCCUCGCUCCGUGGACAUCAUUCUGGACAACGACCUGGUGGAUUCUAUUAAACCAGGGGACCGUGUCCAGUUGAUCGGCACCUACCGUUGCCUGCCUGGCAAAAAGGGCGGGUUCACAUCAGGCACAUUCAGGACAAUUAUGAUCGCCUGUAAUGUGAAACAGAUGAGCAAAGAAAUCACACCCUACUUCUCUGCCAGUGAUGUGGCCAAGAUUAAGAAUUUCUGCAGAACUCGUUCAAAGAAUUUGUUUGACCAGCUGGCUCGUUCCUUGGCACCUAGUAUUCAUGGUCACGAGUACAUAAAGAAGGCAAUUCUGUGCAUGCUUCUAGGAGGGGUGGAGAAGGUUUUGGAGAAUGGCUCACGCAUCAGAGGAGAUAUCAACGUGCUUCUUAUAGGUGACCCCUCGGUGGCCAAAUCUCAACUGCUUCGAUAUGUCCUGCAGACUGCUCCUCGUGCCAUUACCACCACAGGCCGAGGCUCAUCAGGUGUAGGUUUAACCGCGGCUGUAACCACAGACCAAGAGACAGGUGAGCGGCGUCUAGAGGCCGGUGCCAUGGUGCUGGGAGACAGAGGGGUGGUGUGCAUCGAUGAGUUUGAUAAAAUGUCAGAUAUGGAUCGCACAGCUAUUCAUGAGGUCAUGGAACAGGGUCGCGUCACCAUCGCCAAGGCUGGCAUUCAUGCCCGGCUUAAUGCCCGCUGUAGCGUCCUGGCAGCUGCCAAUCCUGUGUAUGGCCGGUAUGAUCAGUACAAGACCCCAAUGGAGAACAUAGGUCUGCAGGACUCCCUGCUGUCUCGUUUCGAUCUGCUGUUCAUCGUCUUAGAUCAGAUGGACCCAGAACAGGACCGCGAGAUCUCGGACCACGUGCUGCGCAUGCACCGCUAUAGAGAUCCCCGUGAGCAGGAUGGAACUGCUUUAGCUCUUGGUGGUGCAGUGGAUGCAUUGGCCACUGAAGACCCUGAUGCUACUCAGGAGGAAGAGGAGCUACAGGUGUACGAGAAACACAAUCUACUCCUUCAUGGAAGCAAGAAAGCAAAGGACCGGGUGGUGAGUAAAGAGUUCAUGAGGAAGUACAUCCACGUUGCCAAGGCGAUUUCUCCUGUGCUAACCCAAGAGGCAGCCAAUCACAUCGCAGAGGAGUACUCAAGACUGCGCAACCAGGACCAGAUCGGCUCUGACAUUGCACGGACGUCACCUGUCACCGCUAGGUCCCUGGAGACUUUGAUCCGUCUGUCUACAGCUCAUGCCAAAGCUCGCAUGAGCAAAGCUGUGGAGCUGCUGGACGCAGAAGUUGCUGUUGAGCUUGUGCAGUUUGCUUAUUUCAAGAAGGUUCUAGAGAAGGAACGCAAGCGCUCUAGGAAUGCAGAGCAGGAUGUGGCUUCAGAGGAUGAAGAGGAGGAUGAAGCACCAGAGACUCCCAGACAGCAAAAUAAAAGGAGGCGACAUACUCCGAGCAGAUCAUCACAGGGCAGUGAAACAUAUGAUCCCUAUGACUUUAAUACAGCGACUGAUAUACCAGAAAUUCAAUCCCCGGCUCCUGCAACAGAGAGUGAGGAGCCAGUAGAAACAGCUGAUCAGAAUGGACACACGGCGUUAUCUGCUGACAGGCUGAAGGUAUUCAAAACCACAUUGUCAGAUGUGUUCCACACUGCUCAUGCCCAGUCUAUGGGCAUGAUCGGUCUGAUGGAAGGCAUCAACAAGAGCUGCCCAUCACCGUUCAGUGAAGCGGAGGUUCGUGCUGCCCUUAACACCAUGCAGGAUAACAACCAGGUUAUGGUGGCUGAUGACAUCAUCUUCCUUAUAUAAAUUAUUAUAAGGAUUUUUUUGAAUAACAAAAGACUUGAAAUUGAAGAUUCGAGUGAGGAUCUAUUUUGGAAGAUUUGCAACAUACAUGCAAUGUUGAUUUUCUUUUUAUACAGAUCUGUACAUGCAUUCAAAUGCAUGUUUUUCCAAAAACAAAAUGUCGCUGCACAUCAAAUUUUUACAGUAAUCUGUAUUUGUUUUUAUAAACUUAGAGCUAAAUGGAUGUGCAUUGUUUUGGUUUCAACAUAACAUUGUGUUCUCGAUUAUUUUACUUUUGUGCAUAAAUCUUUGUUUAUUUUAAAAAGAGGUUAGAGCAGUGUCUUUUUUACGAUUUAACAUGUAAAUAUUGCUUUAUUUUUCAAGCAAAGACUUAAUUGAAAGACCUGGAAAAGUAUGUUAUCAAAAUAAUCUUUAUCAGUGUAGGUUAAAAUGGAGUUGCCCUGUUUAGUGGUGCACAGGUUUGAGACCUCAUGACUGUGUUUGUUUAUUGGCAUGAUAAUGUUUAUCAAAACAUUUCACAUUAUGAUUUGUAUAAAAAUGUCUGUCAAUAAAAAUCUACAAUUUUG